AUGUGUUCUGUUAUCGAAUUAUUGGUUAUUGAAAACGGAGCUCUAAAUGAUCUAGGGUACAUACAAGACGUUCUUCAGGAAGCUGUAGUUCCCUAUACUCCAUUUGUUGGAGAUGAUUUUUUGCUGCAAGACCUGAAUGAAAAGUCAAAGGAAAUAGGACUAAAGAUGAAUCUUGACAGAACGAAGAUAAUGAGCCAUAGUCAGGAAGAUGUCACUAUAGACAACAUAAGCAUAGAGAAGGUGGAACAAUAUGUAUAUUUGGGGCAUAUGAUCAAAAAUGGAAAAGAAAAUCAAAUAUUGGAAAAUGGGAGAAGAAUGCGCUUAGCAUGGGCAGCCUUCGGCAAACUGAGUUUCAUCUUUAAGGACAAAAAUGUUCCUCUACUCUUAAAACGCAAAGCCUACGACAGCUACGACACAACUCUGGUAUCCCAUGCAAAAACAUUAAAAACUUGCACACGGAAGCUUCAAGAACUCCUUGAUGAACUCUCCAACUGGUUCCGGAAAUGGAGAAUGAAGAUUAAUCCAGACAAGUCGCAGUUUAUAAUUUUCGACCACAAAAUCUCUCCUGCAUCACCAACUUUAAAGAUUAAUGGAAAAAGCAUAAAACCUGUACCUGCAAUCAAAUACCUUGGAAUGAACAUUGAUUGUAAAUUGAACUUCAACCUACACACCAAGUUGAUGAAGAGAAAAACAAUAUCAAGAGCCAAAUAUUUUUCCAAAUUAGUUUACAGAAAGCAAGGCAUUAACAUCAAAAGUGCAUCAAUAAUAUAUAAAACAAUCUGUAGACCUUUAUUAGAAUACGCACACCCAGUGUUUGCCAACUGCAAGCCUCCAGCAAUUAAAAAUCUCACAGUAGCAGAAACCACCGCAUUGAGAACCAUAACCCGAAUGAGACAUCCUAGAAAUCCACUUCAUAAUCCUCCAAACAGUCUACUUUAUCUGAAUACCAGAAUAGAACCUAUUGAGAUAAGAAUGAGCAGACUGAAUAAGGCAUUCUAUAAUAGCCGUAUCAGGAUACAGAAAAGAAUCAAUCGGAGCAAGGGACACAGUGGGCAUCUUACCGGGAAAAGGGGUAAAAUAAAUGAAUCCUGUUGGCGAUUACUGAUGAGUCUUUGGUGCGUUUUGGCGGCAGCGCAUGUGCUGCAGAUCCAAAACGGCAAUAAGAGAAUCAAAGAGCGAACUUUUGAAACGAUGACCGCUCGUUUCGAUCGAUGUUUUAUAAGCGAGGCUGUGGCCACACCCAGGAGUAAUUGA